CUCCCUCUCUCUAUUUCUCCCUCUUUCUCUCCUUCUUCUCUGUCUCCCCCCUUGUCUGCAAAGUCCUCCGCUGCUCGGAACUUGUUGGCAAUGCCUAUUUUUCAGCUUUCCCCCACGUUCUCCAAAGUAACUAUUUAAAGAUCUGCAGCCGCAAAUGGUUUUACUAAAUGUAGGAUGGGACUUAAGUUGAACGGCAGAUAUAUUUCUCUGAUCCUUGCUGUACAGAUAGCGCACCUGGUGCAGGUGGUGAGAGCGGCGGGGCGGUGCGAUGCGGUCUUUAGGGGCUUCUCGGACUGUUUGCUGCGGCUGGGCGAUAACAUGGCCAACUACCCGCAGGACCUGGACGACAAGAGAAAUCUCCAAACGAUCUGCGCGUACUGGGAUGAUUUCCAUGCCUGCACCCUCACAGCUCUCACCGAUUGCCAGGAAGGAGCGACAGACCUUUGGGAGAAAUUGAGACGGGAGUCCAAAAACCUCGAUUUCCAAGGCAGCUUAUUUGAACUGUGUGGAGGCAGCAGCGGCUCGGCAUCGUCUCUCCUCCCACCGGCUUUGCCCGUGCUCCUGGCGGCUCUGUGGGCCGCGCUAGUGACCUGGCUGCCUUUCUAGGGGGGCGAGCACACUCACACCCACACCCUCUCCAUGUGCCGGAUCUAUAGAGGAAGUGUCCAUCCGUUGCUUUGGGGACGUUGUGCUUAUCUGUGGUUGAUGAUGAUGGUGGUGGCUGAUGGUGAAACACCCAUGUAGGACUGUGGAAGCGUUCUCCUUUUUCUUUUUUUUUCUUUCUUUCUUUUUUUUUUUUUUUUUUGUAUGUGUGUUUUAUUUGCCAAAUGUUACCAAACAGGCAGCGGCGCGCAGCCCAAAUCGGACCUCAGCUUUACUAUCGCUUCAAGUCAAAAAUAGAAAAAAAUAGAAAUAACAACUCGAGCCCUCGUUGUGCAAAAGAAAUCUCAGGAACGGCUCUGAGCCACCUAAUGUUAACGAUGUAAUCGGCCAGGAUAAAUCCUGGCAGGCCACGGGCUCCUCUAAAAAUAUGGCAGUAUGUGAGGUGAGAACAAAAAAGCAGACAAAAACCGCACUGGCGAUGAAUCCAAGAUAGAUGUCCACGUGUGAAGCAUAUGGUGAAUAAUUCACAAUCUCUCAUCUUUCCUCCACAGUCGCUUGUUUUUGGUCAUUUCACUGCAAAAAAAUAAUAAAAAUAAGAGUCUUUUUUCCUCGAGGAAAAAAAGAACGAGAGCGGGAGAGGGAAAGAAAUUGGGAAACGAACGGUUAAAAAAGGAAGGAAGGAAGGGAAGAACAAAUGAAAGAUACGUGUCUAAAUGCCUGAAGGAGCGAAGGAAUGCUGCUAACAGAUCUGUGAGAGUUUACCUUUACUUGCUGUUCGAAGGCAUCUUUCCGAAUUCACUGCCUUUAAUUUUUUCCUCCUCUUUGUUUUAGAUGUUACACAUGCCAGUAAAUCAACAGUAGAGAUCACAAAAGGGGGGCUUAAAUGUAAACCUAAAAAAACCCAACAGCGUAAUGAUUUUGAAAAAAAAGAGCCUUGAUUUUAAAAGAGAAAAAUGUAAUUUAAAAAAAAGUUUAUUAUAAAGUCAAUUCAGCAAAAAAAAAAAACAAACAAAAAAACAAAAAAAGAUUUGCUACAAAGUAUAG